UCAGUUCAGUUGUUUGUAGUCAAUUAAGCGAGUCGUUCGUUUGUCUGCUUUAAAGUGUUUCUUUUUAUUUGCCCAGCACGCAUUGCUUUUCAAUUCUAAAAGUAUCGAAAGAGGCUGACCACAGAAGCUUAAACAUGACAGAUGUAAAACAAUUUUUUAAAAGUCAGGGCCCGAAACUGCUACCAUUUUUUGUAUUUGUGAUAAUAUAUUUUGCUUUCGUACGAGAUCCAGUUGGUGAAUUAUGGACAACGCUUUUGAAAUGCGCGCCUAUUGUUUGCUUAAUGUUGUACAUAGUGUUGAAUGGAAUUAACUUAACAAAGGACUCUAAAUAUUCCCUAUCGAUUUUAUUGGGUUUGAUAUUUUCGUGUGGCGGUGAUGCUCUGUUAAACAUGGAUCUCUUUCCACAUGGCAUGGGUUCUUUUGCCUUGGCACAAAUCUGCUACAUAAUUGCAUUUGGUUUCAAGCCCUUGAAGUUGUUAAUUGCGGUACCAUUGUAUCUGGCAGGCGCAGCUUUUGUGGCCAUUGUUUACAAGGAUUUGGAUGAUGUUUUAGUUGUUGGUCUUCCUGUUUAUGUUACCCUAUUGCUGACUAUGUGUUGGCGCUCCUUGGCCAGAGCAGUGGACAGAAAAUGUUUCCUUGCCAUUUUCUGUGCCGUUGGCAGUGUGUUCUUUGUCAUCUCAGAUGGUUUGAUUGCUGUUGAUAUGUUCCUAAUUAAAGUGCCAAAUGCAAGGAUCUGGAUUAUGACCACUUAUUAUCUGGCUCAGUUUGCUAUUGCUUUGAGUACGGCCAAUGAGUUGGCAAAAAAGAAAUCGCCAAAAAACUUCAAGGGGCGCAACAACAGUGCCCGCCGACAUGUGAAAUCUAAUUAAUUAAUUAAAGACUGAAUCUAUCUACAUACAUAUGAACUUCCUUAUAUAAACCACUCACAAAAGUUAAAUGUUUUAUCCACCAGUUGUAACCAAAGUACUUCCAUUUGUUGAACUAAUAUCCCACUUUAUUAAAAUGUAACUAACUCUUGUUAACUAUUUGUAGCUGAAGAAAAUAUCGUUUCUUGAUUAAAUGCAUUUAUUGAGCAUUCAUGUUACUUAGAAUUAACACACAUUUAAUGUCAAAUUUAUAGUUAAUUAAAUGAAAAUAGAAUUUAUGAAAAA